UACAAGAGUGCUUAUCCCGGCUCAGAAUCAGGGAGCAAUAUUUCCAAAGCUCACCUUGAUGAACAUAUUGAGAUAUUCAAGAUGGGCAGCAAUAGUACCAGCAGUGUUGAGAGUAAUUGUGGUGUAAAUGUGACAUUUCAGUACUCUCUGUAUGCAACCACCUAUAUCUUCAUAUUCAUCCCUGGACUCCUGGCUAACAGUGCAGCCCUGUGGGUCCUGUGGCGCUUCAUCAGCAAGAAGAAUAAGGCCAUCAUUUUCAUGAUCAACCUCUCCGUGGCAGAUCUUGCUCAUAUCCUGUCCUUACCUCUCCGGAUUUACUAUUAUAUCAACCGUAACUGGCCAUUCCCGAAGGCACUUUGCCUGCUCUGCUUCUAUGUGAAAUAUCUCAACAUGUAUGCCAGCAUUUGCUUCCUGACAUGCAUCAGCCUUCAGAGAUGCUUCUUUCUCCUCAAGCCAUUUAGAGCCAGACACUGGAAGCGUAGGUACGACGUGGCCAUCAGUGUUGCCAUCUGGGUCGUCGUGGGGUCUGCCUGUUUGCUAUUUCCCAUCCUGAGAAGUGCUGACUUAGCUAAUAACACAGAUUCCUGUUUUGCUGAUCUUGGCUACAAACAGAUGAACCCAAUUGUUAUGGUCACAAUGAUUACAAUUGCAGAGCUGGCUGGAUUUGUGAUUCCAGUGAUCACCAUCGCAUGUUGUACCUGGAAAACAACUAUAUCCUUGAAACAGCCACCGAUUGCUUUCCAAGGAAUUAGUGAGAGGAAAAAGGCACUGCGGAUGGUUUUCAUGUGUGCUGCAGUCUUUGUCAUCUGCUUCACUCCUUAUCACAUUAACUUCACAUUUUACACCAUGGUAAAGGAAAGUAUCAUUACCAGUUGUCCCAUUGUCAAAAGUACACUGUAUUUUCAUCCUUUCUGCCUGUGCCUUGCAAGUCUCUGCUGCCUUUUGGACCCAAUUCUUUAUUAUUUCAUGGCUUCAGAAUUUCGUGACCAACUAUCUCGCCAUGGCAGCUCCGUUACCCAUUCUCUUCUCAUGAGCAGGGAGAGUGGUUCAUCAAUGGUUAGCUAA